AUGGUUUACAUUCGCCAACAUCAUCUGCCUAAUUUGCGGAACUACAAAUAUGCUGGAAUCGAUCACUCGCUCAUCAGUCUGUACAUCCUCAAACCGUUCUAUAACAAAUGUGUGAUUGGGUGUUUUCCUAUGGGGAUGGCUCCCAAUGCCAUUACCUUGACCGGAUUCAUGUUUGUGGUUAUUAAUUUCAUCACUGUGAUGUGGUACAAUCCCAACUUGGACACGGAUUGUCCACCAUGGGUCUACGCGAGCUUAGCGUUGGGUUUGUUUUUGUACCAGACUUUUGAUGCCGUAGAUGGCAUGCAAGCACGGAGAACCAGGCAGAGUGGACCAUUGGGAGAAUUGUUCGAUCACAGUGUCGAUGCAUGCAACACCGGCUUGGGCGUUCUGAUCUUUGCGGCGGCGAUGAAUCUCGGACAAUCCUGGGCUACGAUCUUGAGUCUGUUUGGAUCGACCAUGACUUUCUACGUGCAGACCUGGGACGAAUACUACACCCAGGUCUUGACUCUGGGCGUCAUCUCCGGCCCUGUUGAGGGUAUCCUCACUCUCUGCACUGUCUACGCAUUCACUGCCUACAUGGGUGGCGGUAGCUUCUGGCACCAGCCGAUGUUGGAGACAUUCGGUGUGUCCAAGCCCGGCUUCAUGUCGCAGCAGAUUUAUGAGAUGCCUUUUACGCAGUGGUACCUGGUGUACGGUGCGUUUAUGCUUCUCUUUGCCAUCGGAUCGAGCAUUUUGCAUGUGAUGCAGGUGCGUCGCCAGCGUGGCAAGGACCCCAUUGCGCCGCUGUGUGGCCUCUUGCCCUUGGUGGCAAUCUGGACCCUUAUCCCCGCUUACCUGUACCUGAACCCGGCUGUCUUGGAGAACUACACGGUUGUCUUUGGAAUGUACAUUGGUCUGAUCAAUGCUUAUUCCGUCGGCCGCAUUAUUGUUGGUCACUUGGUGCAGUCUGGUUUCCCCUACCAGAACAUCCUGCUGUGGCCACUCGCUCUCGGUGUGCUGGACAGUGCUGGCCCGCUGGUCGGUCUUUGGUCCGAGCCUGUAUUCAGUGAAGGUAAUGGGCAGACGAUGUUCGUGUUCGGAUGUCUCGGUCUGGCGGUUGGAGUCUAUGGAAGCUUUGUGUUCGAUGUGAUCACUACCAUCUGCGACUACAUCGACAUCUGGUGCCUGACCAUCAAAUACCCGUAUGUCGAGGAGACAGACCGCAAGAACGGGUCGGCGACAAAGGCACAAGUGGAGGGUGCGUUAAAAAAGACGAUUUAA